AUGGACCUUGAAGACCUGGCGCUCCUGCUGCCCCCUGCCACUCUGGCUGCCCUAGCAGAUGGCUGGCUCCGAGAAGACUGUCCAGGCCUCAACUACGCAGCCUUGGUUACAGGGGCAGCCCCCUCGCAGGCCGUGCUGUGGGCCAAAUCCCCCGGGGUACUGGCUGGGAGGCCUUUCUUUGAUGCAGUCUUUGCCCGAGUCAGUUGCCAGGUCUCCUGGUUCUUCCCUGAGGGAUCAAAGCUGGUGCCUGUGGCCAAGGUGGCUGAGGUCCGGGGCCCUGCCCACUGCCUGCUGAUGGGGGAGCGGGUGGCCCUUAACACAUUGGCCCGCUGCAGCGGAGUUGCCAGCUCUGCAGCCGCUGCUGUGGAGGCCGCCAGGGGGACCGGCUGGGCAGGGCAUGUGGCUGGCACGAGGAAGACCACACCAGGCUUCCGGCUGGUAGAGAAAUACGGACUCCUAGUGGGUGGAGCCGCCUCCCACCGCUACGAUCUGGGAGGGUUGGUGAUGGUGAAGGACAACCAUGUCGUGGCAGCUGGUGGUGUAAAAAAGGCGGUGCAGCGGGCCCAGCAGGCGUCCGACUUCACUCUGAAGGUGGAAGUGGAGUGCAGCAGCCUGCAGGAGGCCUUGGAGGCGGCAGAGGCAGGAGCAGACCUUGUCUUGCUGGACAACUUCAGGCCGGAGGAGCUGCACCCCACGGCUGAAGCGCUGAAGGCCCGGUUCCCGAGCGUGGGCGUGGAAGCCAGUGGGGGUAUCACACUGGGCAACCUCCCUCAGUUCUGUGGGCCACACAUCGAUGUCAUCUCUUUGGGGAUGCUGACCCAGUCUGCCCCAGCCCUGGAUUUCUCCCUCAAGCUGUUUGCUGACGGGGCCACUCCAGUGCCCUAUGCCCGCCGAUCCUAA